AUGAAGACCCUGUUCUCAACAAUCCAAAGGGGAUGGCCAGAGACAAGAAAACAAACACCUUGCGAAAUCCAUGACUACUGGAAUUAUCGUGACGAGCUUUCAGAAGUAGAUGGAAUCUUGUUGAAGCAAGACAAGAUUAUCAUACCCCUCAGUAUGAGAGGAAAGAUGCUAGAAAGAAUACACGAGAGUCACAUGGGCAUAGAGAAAUCCAAACGACGAGCAAGGGACAUUAUGUUUUGGCCAAGAAUGAAUGAGCAUAUUGAAGCUGUUGUAUCCAAAUGCAAAACCUGCCAAGAAUACCAGAUGUCGAAUCCCAAAGAACCUAUGGUGCAAGGAACAAUACCAUCGAGACCCUGGGAAAUGGUCGCAACUGAUUUGUUUCGGUGGGAACAGAACAACUAUCUGAUCGUGGCAGAUUAUUAUUUGCGUUAUAUUGAAGUAGUCAAGUUGGAAAACACCACUAGCAGAACUGUGUGA